AUGACAGAAGCAGUAAUUAGCUUGAAAACAGACAUGUCGAUUGCCACCGACAAGAAUACUACCAUCACUGGUGUCACCAGUGAUACCAGCGUGACAUCCAUGAAACCAAUAGCUCCAGACGAAGAAUUGUCCUUGAAUGAUCCAACAGACGUGGGAGACAUUUUCCCUCCUCUCAAAAUUCAUGCCAGUCGACCUACCGAGCGACUGUCUGGGUCAUCCUUUGAUAUUCCACCCCGACUCGAAAAGGCUCUGCGACGCAAAAGCGGAGGAGGAACAUCCGGAACUAAAUCUCCCUAUGAUGGAGGUUCCUCCAUAUCCAGUCUAGAAGAUGCUGGCUUUGAUACCGAUAUUCUAACAGACAAGAUGGGACAUUUGGACUUGGAUGCCUCGUCUUCCAAAUUGAAUCAUUCUGCGUCGAACAGUCUUCAUUUGCACACAGUCGCAGAACGUUUGAGUGACGAAACACUGGAAGAUACUCAUGCCUUUACAGAUAUUAAGAGCCGAGGCAGUGUUUCCAGAGGCAAUUCCAUCACCACCGGUGGGGAAGUAGCAGGCAACUUUUUGGAACCCUUGGACGAAAUCGACGAGGAAACAGAGGGAGCUGUGAAAAUCACCAAUAUGGGAGAGAUUUUGGAAGUUGCCGAAGAGGAUACAGCCAAUGACCCGUAG